AUGUCAGACAGUGGUCCACAUUCACCUGUACUAUCUGAUGACUUUUCACAACCGAAGGAAGAGAGCGGAAGCCCCAAAUCUAUAAAUGGUGUCAGCAAAAAAAAUGAAAAUAGUGGAGAUGAAAUCGAUGAUCUAUUUGGAGGUGUGGGUAGUGACGAAGAACGAGGAGGAAUAGGUUCUGCAGAUAUAACUCCAAUUGCCUCACCCAUUGCAUCACCCAUUAAUUCAGACGAUGAAGACCGCCGAUUAAAUUUUGAGUCUGAGACAAUGUCGAAUGUAUUUCGCUUACCAUUAAAAAGUUGGAAUAAUAAGUAUAUUAUCGCAAAAGUACCAAAUUUUUUUCACUAUACGACUGCCGCUUUUCGACCAGAGAGCUAUAGUCCAUCAGAUGAUCAAACAGUUGAUGAUGCAAUAAAGUUGGGUGCACAGGAUGGACUGCGUUGGCGGUACAAGAAAGAUCCAAAGACAGGUAAAGAGACUGAGGAAAAAGAAUCAAAUGCCAGGAUAAUAAAGUGGAACGACGGAUCAAGGACUCUGCUUAUUGGAAAAGAACAAUUUGAGAUAUCUACUGAAUCUUUAGAAUCAAAACACCAAUUUCUUACGGUUCCUCAUCGAGGAUCAAACACUCUUGAACUUCAUGAAAAACUCAAUGAGCAUAUUACUUUUUGCCCUAUUACGGGCAGUAUUACUCAUAAAAAAUUAACCAUAGCGAUUCAAUCUAGGCAUGCAAAACAAGUAAAAACUCAGUUUGUUGAUAUGAAUAAGGAUCCUAAAUUGAUUCAGCUUCAAAUAGAGGCCGAGAGAGAUAAAAAACAUAGUGUGCAAAAGCGCACGGUGAAUGCAAAUCGUGUACCCAAAGGACGUAGAAAGCAUGACGAAGAUUCUGAUGCAGAUGAAAGAAGUUCUGCAUUUGGCACUAUUAAACCACGAAAUGAUUCUUAUGAAGAUGACUCUGGGUUUGUGGUUGCAGACGAAGAUGAAGACGAUGAUUUUGAUAAACUAAAACGACGUCGUAAAGGAAAAGAGAAGAUUAGUGAUAGUCACCGUAAAAAAACAUCAUCCAGCAAUGUAUCAUCGAAAUACAAAAAGCAUCGUCAUUAUGAUGACGAAUCAAAUGAAGAUGACCGAGAUGAUUCGUUUCAAGUGGAUGACGAUUCAUUUUACGAUCGUCGUGAUCGUCAGGAACGGACCAAAAAGCGAGUAAAGGAACAUCAUUAUAUCGAAGAAAUACCAAAAUCUCGAAAGAAUCAUAGGUUUGAGAUAUCAGAUGAAGAGAAUCAAGGAGAACUCCAAGAUCGCGAUGAACAUUCUAAAAAACGAGUAAAGGAACAACAACGCAUUGUUGAUGAAGAUGAUGAGGUUAAUGUUGUAGAUCAAAUUGCUAGUGAACCCGAUGAAGAUGAGGAAGAAGAAAUACCAAUGAUAAUCAGAAGAAAAAGAAAUAGGAAUGUGGUUGUCACUGAUGACGAUGAUUAA